ACAACACUCACCAACAGAAGUGGCUGUCUGCGCUGUUCAGCAUCAUGGCUCCCUCUAAAGUUGCAGCCCUUUCCAAAGCUCUGUCCGGGAGGAUUGAUUGUGUACAGGGGAUCAUGGCGGCGGUUAUGGUCGCCGCCGCCGCUGCCACUGUCAACUACGCCAUGUCUGGGCCUGAGUACCGCCACGUGUCUCCCAAGAGUGCUAUCACCGAAUAUCUCAUCAGCUCUUUUAAGCUGGCCAAAGGAGGCCCUCUGGGACCCCACCUCAUCCUGCAGUGCACCAAAAAAUGCCUGGCAAGUGACUCCUGCACUUCCUUUGUGGUACAUCCCAGCCAAGGCCUUUGUUAUCUGUCUACAAUGGACCGCUGCUACUUAAAGAAAAGGUUCAUGCACGAGAGUGAAGAUCACUUUUACUACGAGAGGUUUGAUGGUUCCACGCCCUAUCCGCCCACCUGCUACGCUUCCUGUUUCCUGACAUACAACAGCUGCGACGAGUGCGGGCGACCUAACUGCUGGGGUGAUCGGUGCGAGCAGUGCGCCGCUACCUGCUGGACGAGGAAGAACAAGACCGAGAACUCCACUUAUAUCUUCACGAAUGACUUUAUAACGACUUUCAGAAUACAUUGUAAAGGCAACUGGCAUCGCUGGUGGGGGAAUGAUGUAAAUAAAACGAGGUCCACCCCACAAGAAGCGCUGGUGCUGCAUCUCAUCCUCGUCUAUGCAGACAAGCGAGAACUCAGCUCGUUUUUCAACUCAUUUGUCUAUAAAGAAUCCAUUGGACUUAGUGUGGGCAACCUGACUGCAGAUGAAGGGGCCGGGAACUGGUGGCAGGCGCCUUUCUCUAAUCGGCCACUGCGUCAUUUCCCCGACAGCAACUGUCGUCCUUUCUACACACCCAACGAAACGUGCAUCUCCCACACGACAGAGUCAGUGGAAAAGCAGCGAGAACUCUACAACGGUACGGUAUUGCAUCGAGGCUUUGCUUGGCUCACCGGUAACCAGAGUUAUGACAGUGUCCCAAUCCUGCACAUCAAUAUGUGGGUGAAGUGUGCCCAGUGUGAGGACGAAAACUCCUAAGGCGAGGACUGAAGCAACACAACGGAUCAGCGACUAACUCUGCAAGCUUUUGGUACUAAUGUGUGAACUAAUGGGAAUUAAAGUAUUUCUCUAGAUGUGUAAUCUAAUAUGUAGUUAAUGCUAAAUGUUUGUGUAUAUUGUACUACAUAGUCUGAUUAAAGUGUUGUUCCUGUUGUGUGAUGCAAUGAAAAUUAAAGUAUUUCUCUAUAGAUGUGUGAUCUAAUAUAGAGUUGAUGCUAUAUAUUUGUGUACUGUGUACUUCAGUGUGUGUGUGUGUGUGUGUGUGUGUGUGUGUGUGUGUGUGUGUGUGUGUGUGUGUGUGUAGAGAGAGAGAGAGAGAGAUAUGUUUAGAGGAAUAUGAAGCGAUGAGUGUUAUGCUUUCUGUUUUGAUUUCUCAGUAAUAAAGGGAUCUCCACUUGUGUGAUGCAAUAUAUUGAUAAACACUUUAAAUGCGUAUCAUCUCCUUAGUCUGUUUCCAGAGAACAUCUUCGCUGCCUCGUAAAUGAACAUUUUCUCGUAACAACAUAAAAAGAAACUAAUGAAGGUUAUAUUUAAAUCCUUUGCUUCUUAAC